CUCCUGUGUGCAGAGUGAAGAGGCUCCGUGCCGGUUUGCAACACGAACUCCAGAGUUUCAGAAGCCAUGCGUUUCCUGUUUCUGGUCGGCAGUGUGGUGCUUGUAUCAGUUUGCUUGCAACACGAAACAUGUGCCACCGACGUUCACCAGUCGAAGUUCUCUCUAGAGGGGCCCGCGGCAUACGAAAGCUACCAGACUUUUCCGAUCCGUAGGAAGCGCAAGAUCUUUGGCGCUAGUCGAGGCAACAGCUUAGGAUUCAAGCAAACCGUGUGGAAUCUCAUCUUUGCGAGCUUCAGGGACGCAGCAACUCAACCGCCAACCACCACGACUGGCGAAGUCCCGCAGUUUAACCGUACAGGCGUCGAACUGGAUGUGAAUGAGUAUGUAACUGCAGUUAUCUUCAACAUCAGCAAGGACGCUGCCAUGGUACUCAACAUCACCUUUCUCAACACAGCAGACCGCAUACAGCAGCUGGUGGCGGCGGCGAAGCCGUUCAUCGCGGCGAAGCUGGGUCUGGACAUCAGCGCCUCCUCCUUCACCACGACUGAGCCCAUCGAGUCGCUGGUGCCCCGUGUGGGACCUCAGCUGGGCGGAGAGUCUGCAGGCAUUUCUGCAACGUCGCCACAAGACAGCUCUGUUAACAGGACAGAUCGCUCUGGGAAGCCGGCAUUUUAGUACCACAGAGUUCGCACC